AUGUUUUCGGGCCCGCCUGAUCUCAACUACAGCUUCAACGUGAGCGCCGACCGGGAUUUUAGUACAUCAACGGGCACGGAGAUGCUGUCCCCGACAGGGUUCGUCGUGCUGUCCGUUGCCCUGGGCUUCAUCAUGACUUUUGGCUUCGUAAAUAACUUUGUUGUGCUGCUGCUGUUCUGCAAAUUCAAGACACUGCGAACUCCCGUGAAUAUGCUUUUGUUAAACAUUAGUGUCAGUGACAUGCUGGUGUGCGUGUUUGGCACUACACUCAGUUUUGCGUCCAGCAUCAAGGGAAGGUGGCUGCUCGGUCGCAUUGGCUGCAGUUGGUAUGGCUUCGUCAACUCCUGCUUUGGCAUCGUGUCGCUGAUUUCCUUGGUGAUCCUGUCCUACGACCGCUACAGCACGCUCACCGUGUGCAACAACAACCGUUGGCCCGACUACCGCAAGCCCCUGGUGGCGGUGUGCUGUUCCUGGGUCUACUCCCUCAUCUGGACGGUGCCCCCCCUGCUCGGCUGGAGCAGCUACGACGUAGAGGGCGCCGGGACCAGCUGCUCCGUGUCCUGGAAGGUCCGGACGGCCCAGUCCCACUCCUACAUCAUCUGCCUCUUCAUCUUCUGCCUGGGCCUGCCUAUGCUGCUUAUGGUCUACUGCUACGGCCGGCUGCUCUGGGCUGUCAAACAGGUGGGCAAGCACCGCAGGACGGCGGCACGCCGGAGAGAGUACCGCAUCCUGUUCAUGGUGCUGACCACGGUGGUGUGCUACCUGGUGUGCUGGAUGCCCUACGGCGUGGUGGCCAUGAUGGCCACCUUCGGCCCGGACAACAUCAUCAGCCCGGUGGCCAGUGUGGUUCCCUCGCUGCUGGCCAAGAGCAGCACGGUGAUCAACCCCCUCAUUUACAUCCUGAUGAACAAACAGGUGGGCCGCAAGCUCAGCGCGCGCUUAGCGGGGCGGGGAAGGGUUGGAACCAGCAGCACCGGCCACAGAACGUGA